AAAAUUCUGACACAUGUAAAUACAAUUCACCAUUGACGUUCUCUAAUCGACUCUGCGGAACAAAAGAUAUCUUCUCGAAAAGUGCCGAUCAGAUUUCGAAUACGAGUGAUUUGAAACUUGUUUAAUCAUGGAAAUCGACGACACGGAAGACCAGUCAAGCAACAAAAUUGUGAAAGUAGCAGAAAAUGUAUGGAUGGUCAUUCAGAAUGGUGUAGAAGCUAUCUUUUCUAAUCUAAAAGAAGAUGAUGCUGAGAAAACUCUGUGCGAAUUGUUGGAGUCGAUUUUGCGGGGUUCGACAAAUUUAAUUAAUGUCCUCGUACCACCUUGCGGUGCGGGUCCACGGUAUGAGAUUAUACGGAGACAGUACACAGCAUUUACAACAUGGUUGUUUGGAAUGACAUUCCAUACUAUUGGGGAACCACUUAGCGACAAAGUCCUUUCAUGCGGUGUCAAAGUACAAGCAUGUGUGCUGAAUAUAUUGCAUCGCCAUUCCCGUUCGAUGUUAAGUUCGAUUACUUCCGAAUAUAUAAAGAUACUUGAUGAAUUAUUGGACUUCUAUGAAAGUAAUAGAUAUGGCGAAACGAUUGUUAUCAAGAAAUUUAUACCUGACGGAGACAUCAUUGAUUGCAUAGAUCUUGCACCGUUUGUGGUUAAUGUCAAAUACUCUUCCUUGUCAUGUACCCUAGUUUCCAUUAUGAAGAUCAUUUUACAGUCUGGAAUACAACCUUGGAGAGAAUCUUCUCUAUGGAUUAAAAUGAUAAAAGUUCUUCUAAAUUCAGAACCAGCCGUUAAGAUUUAUGCAUUAGAAAUUGCAUUGCAGUUUGCAAACAUCGGAGAUAUCGAUAACCAGGAUUGGCACGUUCUCCUCGACAGCCUCGUUGAAAUUAUUAAAUUUAUUCCCGAAUGGGAAAGACUUGGAUUACUUGAUAAAGCAUCUUUACCUCGAUUAACCAAAGUACUAAUUGAAUCGAUAGAGGUUUUAGAUGAACCUUUACCGAUUAUGACCCUUUGUUUCAAUAUCUUAGAGGAGUUUGCAGAUUGUAACUCAACCGAAUUACACUCCGUACAAGAGGCUGCGUGCUGCAAAAUUGAGCAACAUCUUUACAAACAUCCAAGAUCUUGUACGCCCGUGGAAUUCGAUCUCUUAAAACGUUACACGAGAAAGUGUUGGACAAAUGCGAGCAAGCAAGUACCACUCCCACCGAUAUAUUUAAAGAGUAUUAAUAACAUAGCUGUGUCGUUUGUGCUUAACGACGUAAAAACAUUGGCACGGCCAAACCAAUUAAACCUCGUUUCUGAGUUAAGUGAAUUAUGGAGUAUCUUGAACGAAGCUUUACUUAAAAACAUACAAUUUCAAGCAUUCGAUCAAGUCUGGGAUAUUCUCAGAUCGUUCCAUCUCCUCGAUGCAUGGCUCGCUGAGGAAAAUGUGACGGCUCAAUUGUUUGGCAGAGAUUUCAAUCGGGUCUUAUCUCUAUUGUUGGACUCAUUGAGAGAGAGCGAAGCGAAGGGAAAAAUCUUAGAGAGUAUGGUUCAUCUUUUGUCCCUUCGAGAAGCAGACAAGGAACAGGUGCAACUGGUCCUUUCGAUGCCUUGGAAUACAAGAGAAGCGAAUUCACCAGAGAUACGCCUCCGAUACCCGGCUGGGAUUUUUAACAAUUUGGAGACGGCAACGAGAGUCAGCUUUCUCGAAGCGCUCUGCGAACUCGGCGAAGGAAAGUGGCGAUUGAGGGUGAUACGCGACUACAUACUUUCCCGUGAAAUGGAACUGGGCAUUGCCGGGAUCCUGAACAGUGUUUGGCUCUUGAACGACUCCGCUAUCAGGCUCGAUGACUUGUCGGAAUAUGUCCUGGAACCUGCUCUUGAAUCGAGGAACGCGAAGUUCCAUGAAGCCCUCGUCAUGACUUUGGGUCGGCUGUUGUGCUUCCUUUCUGAUAGUACCUCUAAAGCGAGGAAUUCUUGGUACACUACUAGAAGAACGAUAGAAUGUCACCGGUGCGACGGACUGUCGAAACCUGACCCAAGGAAGCUUCCCAGUGACCGGUUCGACGACUUCUUGCGGCCGUACCUGAGCUUGUUCGCCUCGGAAAGCGACGAAGUGCGAUAUUGCGUGUCGAUGAGCUUGAUUCGCUUCGUGAAUCACUCACGGUGGUUAAUUAGUCCGGAAGUGAUUAGACUCUGGAUGCCGUACCUUAAGGACCCGCGGAACGACAUAAGGUCGAAUCUACCCAGGACUCUCGGGUCGGUGAUACGAAACGAAGUCGCCCUUGCGGGAGGAAAUCCGAGCGGAUGUUUCGACGAAGAGCCGGCGAGUCUCCAGGAACUCGCCGAGACUGUGGUUAACUACCUGGACGAGAUUUUGGACCAAGUUAUCGAGACGGGAGACUUCGCCGUGCACAAGACCCUCCUCGAUACUGCCGAGGAAGUUGCACGGGUGCCGCUGAUUUCAACGGAGAGAGACAUGCUCGGCGUAUUCUUCACGACGAUGCUCAGUCCCAACGUAAACUCCGCCCUGGUCUCGCAUGCCGUUAGGGCAUACCACGAGGUAGCGAGGUUUCGUAAGGUCUCCCCAAAAGUCAUGUACGUGAGAUACAGGAACGACUUCGUCAAGCUGAUGAUGUCGAUGGCGGUGAACAAUUACAUCGAAUACUCCUGCAACGUGGCCACGUCGUUACAUAGGGCCGCUAUGAGCAUUGGUUACCAGGACUCUAAGCACCUGCUGAUGAAGGACGGACAUCGCGCGGUGUGCUUCUUGGUACCGCUUGUCCUCGAAGUGCCCAAGGCCGUGGAUCUCUUUCGAGAUAUGGCGGAGGUUCUCUCAACGGACGAGAAGGAAAUGCUCACGGAAUACUUCAAGUACAUCUGUCCCCACGUAAUGCUGAACGAGUCCCCCGAGGUCGGGAGCAGGUGCCUCAAGUUGGUCUCGAGAUUGACCAACCUUGGUUUGCCAGAUCUAGCGAGGGAUUCCUUCAUGGGAAUAUUCGACGAGUUACUCCUGUACAUUUACAAGGACGUGGACAAGACGAUAAGAUGCCUGGAGGUCUUGGUGAAUUUCGACGGAAAGUACGACGGGAAAUUCGACCGGCACGAGUCCGUGGUCGCGUAUCUGUGGCCGCGGCUACACGGGAUCCUGGUGAACCUGGACAUGCAUCUGGGGGCUCGGUUUGACGAACAUACCCAACGUUCCGCCCUGGCGUCGCUGGCGACCUUAAUACGAUUCAUGGGCCCUAGAUACGUAACGCCGCUGCGGUACAAGAUCCUGGCAAGCCUCCGCACCUCCAUCGGCUUCAAGAGGCCGGGGUUUCGGUUACUGGCCUGCGACGCGUGGGACGCCUUUUUACACAACACCUCGAUCAAGGACCUGGGCCCACUUCUACCGACCAUUUGCGUGUCGGUGGCGCCACUCUUCGAGAACUAUCCGCAGAAGACAGACGCAAUGCUCGCCUUCCUCCUUCUAGAAAACGGCUCGACCCUAGUCGAGCACGUCGGGGAGCUGUUCUUCGUCGACGACCUUAAGGUUUCCCAGGAGAUAUCCAACGUCGUUAAGGCCCACAUCUCGCAGACGAGGCCGAUGGGCGUCGAGGCGGAGUUGAAGCAGUGGCUAAGGAGAAUCGCUCAUGAAACCGAGGAAGUGCGCUUGAAGGCGUUGGUACGUUUACAAGGAUUCCUCGCCGACCACCGGACCGAACUCAACGACCUCGUCCUCGAGGGAGCGAGCGUCCACCCGCUGAUCGUCGAGCUACUCGAUGCGCUUUUCUCUGGUUGCCGAGACAAACACGAGGCCAUUCGAUUGGCUAGCGGAGAGUGUCUUGGUGAACUCGGCGCGGUAGAGCCUGGUCUUCUACCUCGCAGAAUUGCUUGCAGUGACGAUACGAAAUUCAUUGCGGAGACAAACGAGGAAUUCGCCUGUGCCUUGUUGGAAGAACUGGUACGGGCGUUUCAGGCCCAGAAGAGCACCCACGACGUAGACUGCGUUUCCCUUGCAAUUCAGGAAACUCUGUUAGCCUACGACAUAUCCCCUCAAGGGCGGAACUGCGAGCUGUGGAACAGCUUCUCGUCGACGGUCCAGCAGAUGAUCUUUCCGUUCCUGACGUCUCACUACGUCAACGCCGUCGGCGAGGCCGAAAGCCGAAUUCCCCAUCCUAUUUACGGGUCGGAAGCCGGCUCAACCUUCAACUCUUGGGCCUACAACUGGGUAUGCGCCAUGUCCUGCGCUAUCGAGGACAAGAGACUCCGGACGGUACUGAACGCCUGCCGGCCGGCCUUCCGGAAGGACUCCAGGACAUUGGCCUUCUGCGUCCCCCACGUAGUAGCUCACACGGUGACCCAUGGCACGGCCGAGCAACAUACGAAGCUGAUCGAAGAGAUCCUGGCGGUGCUCAAGACGCGAGAGGAGUCUCCGAUGGACGAGAGGCUCUUCCGUUGGAAGCCUCUCCGACUGGACCUGGACGCGCAGCCGAAGGACACCAGGGUAUCCGACGAGGCUAGGAGGAUCCGCUGUUCUCAGGUCGUGUUCUCGACGUUGGAGCACCUGCAGAGGUGGAUUCGCGAGCGCAGAGGACUUCGCACCGACGAGCAGUAUACCAGGAUGAAAGCCUUCUGUUCCGGACUCGACGAGCUCGUCCUGGCCGAGGGUUGCUACCGAUCUCACGAGUACUACAGGGCGUUACGCUACUUGGAGGGACACAUGUCGGCCAGCAAGAAGGGACUUUCCGAGCCGAGAGAGGGUGGAUUGCUGGCGAAAAUCUACAUGCAGAUCGAGGAACCGGACGGCGUGUCCGGCAUCCUGGCCACCCAGGGCUGCUGCCCGACGACGCAGCAACAGGUCUUGUCGCACGUGGUCAGCGGCCGGCUUCAGGACGCCGCCACGUGCUACGAGAGACUCGCGUGGAACAGUAAGGACCCGAAGUACAUUCAAGGAAUGAUACAGUGCUAUAUAGGCCUCGACCAGCCGUUUACGGCGAUCAGCAUCAUCCGUGGGAUCCUUGGCCACAGGCCGGAGCUGGAACCAGUGAUCGUCGACGACGAGCCUCUGUGGAGGCUGGCCGAUUUCAACCAGCUGGACGACUCGAUGAAGGCAUCCGUAGAGAGAAGCUUGCUGGACGAGCUGAAACGAGGAGCGCGACCCGAUCUGCUGGCGGCAAGACGCAGGUUGCACUCCCUCCUCGGGACGACUUCCCAGCCCGGCGCCUACCAGCAGAGUUACUCCUGUGUCAUGAAGCUCCACGUGCUCAACGAGUUCGACAAGUCCGUCCAUAAGAUGACCAGCGACUCGGGGAACCUCCCCGGAAGCCUAGCAGCGGUGAUCGAGGAAUGGGAGAAGCGUGGUCGACUCGUCAGAGCUUCCCGGGGCGCCGAGUCCGUCUUGGGCAUGCGCCGAGCCGCCCUCGACCUGGUCGUCCGACAUCGGGAGGAGGCUGGCCUACCGAAGAACCCCGUCCUCGAGGAGGAGAUCGGCAAGAUCUGGCUCCAGAGCGCCAAAAUGGCCAGAAAGGCGGGAUUCUACCAACAGGCUUACAUGUACAUACUGUCAGCAACUGAUCGCUGUCCACCCCAGGAGCUGCACGUCGAACAAGCGCAGCUCUAUUGGGAAAUGGGUCGCCAGGAGGAGGCGUUCGUCACGCUUAACCGAUGCUUCUCUAACUACUUUGAGCCCGUCUCAAGGUACAAACAGACGUCUCCUCGGGUCUGCACCAAGGAGCAGAAGCAAUGCGCAAAGGCCAAGCUCCUGUUUGCCAAGUACAACGAUGAGACCCUCAAUGUCGAUACCGAGACCAGCAUAGCUAAUUACAAGGAAGCGGUCGAUGUCUGGCCAGCUUGGGAGAAGAGCUUGCUGUGCUGCGCCAGGUAUCACGAGUCCGUGGUCGACAGGAUGACCGACGAGGAGAGGGACACCAAGGGAUGGGACCUGCAGAUGCACAUGCUGAAUUACUACGGGAAAUCGCUGCAGUAUGGAUGCAAAUAUAUCCAUCAGUCAAUGCCGAGGAUGUUGACCAUCUGGCUGGACUUUGCAUCUCGCAGGCAGAGUUCCAGCGAUUGCUUGUCGAAGAUGACGAACAUCAUUGAAGUGUACCUGGACAGACUGCCGACGUUCAUGUGGUUAACGGCGUUCAGCCAGCUCGUGUCCAGGAUGUUCCACCCGGCCAGAAUCGUCAGGACGGUCCUGAGCAUGAUCCUGGUGAAGCUUAUCGUUGCUUAUCCUCAACGUUGCUUAUGGAUGAUGGCCUCGGUCUUGAACUCCUCGUACCCAGCACGGCGGAAGCGGUGUCAAGAGAUACUUAGCCACGAGGUCCUCAAAUCCUCGGAGAUGACCAAACUGAUCGGCGACUUCUACAAGCUUUGGGACCUGCUGAUCGAGGUCUCCAACAAGAAAGUCAAUCGCCCCCACGGCAAGUCGUCGAUAAAGGCCCUCUCGAAGAACCUACCGAGAUUGCUGGCCUCGUCGGGCUUUGGACCCAUCAUGGUACCGACGACUAAGUUCCGACAUCUGCAUCUACCGUCGAAGGGGGACCGUCUAGAGAGUCAUGAUCCUUUCCCUACGAGAUGGGCCCAGAUUUGUGGAAUAGAAGACGAAGCGUUGAUCAUGUUCUCGCAACAGCAGCCCAAGAGGAUAGGUCUGAAAGGGUCCGAUGGGCUGACGUACUUGUUCAUGUGCAAACCCAAAGACGAUUUAAGGAAGGACUUCAGGUUCAUGGAGUUUAACGACGUAGUCAACAAAUACUUACAAAAGGAUCCGGAGUCGAGGCAAAGAAGGCUCUACAUACGCACUUUCAGCGUCGCCCCGCUGAACGAAGAAUGCGGCUUGGUAGAAUGGAUCCCGAACCUGGUGGGACUGAGACCUAUCCUGAUGGGGAUGUACAAGAGUAAGGGCCUCUGCGUUCCCAAGGAGAAACUUCUGGAGAUGCUGGGUCGGCACAACGAUCCUCUCGAGAAGAAGAAGAGCGCGUUCCUGGAGAAGUUGAUCCCUAGUCACCCGCCGGUCCUCGGAGAGUGGUUCCGCUCGCAUUUCCCGGACGCCUAUUCGUGGUACGAAGCUCGGGCCGCGUUUAUCAGGACGACAGCGGUGAUGUCCAUGGUGGGCUACAUCCUGGGCCUGGGCGACCGCCACGGGGAGAACGUGCUCAUAGACUCCAAGACCGGCGACUGCGUCCACGUGGACUUCAAUUGCAUCUUUAAUAGGGGAGAGAGGCUGAGAUGUCCGGAGCGAGUGCCCUUCAGGCUGACCCACAACAUGGUGGAGGCCAUGGGGCCGCUUAAGUACGACGGUCCCUUCAGAAAGUGCUGCCAGAUCACGAUGAGGGUCCUCCAGCAAGAGGCGAGCACGCUGAUCAGCGUGCUGAGGCCCUUCGUCUACGACCCAUUGGUGACGGGAAACGAGGACGAGACCACCAAAACCAGCGAACAGGCGAACGCACAGGCCGUCCACGACCUCGAGAACAUCGAGCGGCGGCUCCACGGCUUCGUUCGGAUCUUCGGGAAGAAGGUGGACAACGUCACUCUCAAUCUAAGCGUAGAGGGUCAAGUGAACCACUUGAUCCAGGAAGCCGUUGGCAUCGACAACCUCUGCCAGAUGUACAGCGGAUGGGGCCCGUUCCUGUGACCGAGUGUCCUCCAGGGAGCAACCGCAGAUUGUCCGGAUAGGCCGAACGGUAUCAUUGUCGAGCCUCCUUUUGUGAUAUUGUCU